AUGUCAUGUCCUAAGUGUAACUGUGACGAUUUCUGCCCGAUAACUGGAGAAUGUUGUAUCGAUAUUGAAGUCAACACGUGCGUGCGAACGUCGUACGGUCCAGAGUGGCCAGAUAAAAUGUUUUACAUGAAAAAUUACUGCCCCUCCAAUACAGAGAAGAAACUUGUAAGUAGAUGUCAAGCUACAAAUGCAAAUGAAAAUAUGCUUGAAAGAAAUCCAGUUACUUCAAAGUCAACCAAUAUUACGUACAGUAAUAUCUACUGUGCAAGAUGUAACAACGAUGUUAAUGUCCUAUCGUGGAGCAUCGCUACAAACUGCAUCAUCAAACUGGAUACUUUCACAACUCUGGAUGAGUUGUGGAAUUAUAUUCUAAACGGACAUCUUUCUUUUAUGUUUAUUCCGACAGAGGAAAUUCGUACAAAUUCACAGGUUCCCAGAAGCUGUAAUGCUAAUCUUAUCAACAGGUGCAAUAUUACAGGCGUGGCUAAACAAUUCGACUAUAAUAUUGAAAAAGCCUGCAACACUUUAUAUCAACCGAUUGGUUUCUUCCAGAAUCCUUUCUGUCUGUUGUGUAAUAUUCAAGAUGAGACAUUUGAUUCACCAAUAUCUAAGUGUAAUGCUACGGGACGGAUACAAGAAAUCGACGAUUAUUUCCGGAGUUCAUGUCUAAAUGAAACAGUGAAUGCUUUGAGGUAUCCAUAUAAAAAUGAAUACUGUGAAGAAUGUAAUAUAGUAAGGACAGAAAGUGGAGACAUUCAGUUGCGUGAUACGGAAUUGACAGUUCAUAUAUACAAUAGACCAGUUCAGAAGUUUCUUCGACUGAAGACCCAAAACCAAGUUUACUUAUCAGAAGUAACGAUUGGUGCUUUUGAUUUCACAGAAAAUUACUCAAUAAGCCAAUAUUUAGGAAAAAUUAAACUUGGAUCAAUUAAAAACCUCCAAAUAAAAAUUCCAGCGAAUGCCGCUGACUUUGGCUGGAAAAAGAAGAAAAAAUGGUGUCAAACGGCAAAGAAAUAUUUCUUUCCUGAUAAUGAAAAUCUGAACCCGCUAAUAUAUGAACCUUCUUGUUCAUGCAAUUCUAACUGUAGUAAAUUAGACAACUGUUGUGAUGUCAAAGGCAGCAUAAUGAACCAAGUUAAGAAGUGGAGUUGUGUGCAGACCUCUUUGCCACGAUCCAAUGAUUUUUACUCAAAUCCCUCUUUUAUGAUCAGUAGAUGUUCAAAUAAAUACAACAAUUCUGUCAUAAAGCGUCUUUGUGAAUCAGACAACAAUGAAGAUCUAACUUUCAUUCCGGUUACAGACAGUCGUACAAUUAAGACCUACAAAAAUUAUUUCUGUUUUCUUUGUUUUACUUCAAAUAAAAACAGUGUUGAAGAACAAACGUAUAUCAUUCCAUGGAAGAUGCAUUUUGAAUGUCCAAACAUCUUCAGCUUCAAGUAUGACGUAAAGUUGGUGUCUUUGAUGCAAGAAGCCUUAUCCAGAAACUGUCGUAUAAGUGUCCUUCCGUAUUUACCAUACCCACCACCAAUGUGUGAACUUCCGGGAAGAGAACAGUUGUAUUGCUCAUUAUGUGAACGAUCCGGAAAAAUGGUAGAAAACUGUAUUAGAACCAAUCAAAAGGAACCAGAUUAUCGUUCAAUAUUCUCAGUAUUUGAGAAAGUUGAUAGCACUCGUGCAGAAGACCCAAGAAUGCAAUGUUCAACUUAUGAAAUGUUUGAUAUGUACACGGUAAGGCCUUUAUACUUUACACAAUGGCUUAAAUAA